GCGUGCAUUUGUGUUGUCCGGUGUUUGAAGACGCUUGGAAUUCGCUUUCAAUUUCUUCGUAGGAAAAAUGUCGGGUGAUACCGAUAAAGCAAAAAUCAGUGAUAAUCAGGAUGAAGACAAGAAAUCAGUUGGUGGUGACGGUCAAACAACAGAAGAUGAAUCCUCGCAGGACUCUAAGGGUGAGUCUGUGGCUCAAGGCGACGCACAAGGUAAAGCGGAUGUAGAACAAAAUCACACGGAUGAGAAACAAACCGAAGAAGGAGACGCAAAGUCGACGACGGCCAACGGGAAGGAUGACGACGAUGUAGGCGGCGAAGACUCAAAAGACGACAAGAGGGAUGUGAAGAGCGAUGACUUAAAGGAGGAGAACGGUGAAACCCAUGACGAGAAUGACAAAGAAGAUGUCAAGGAAAAUGAUAAGUCGUCUAAGAAAUUAGCACCCAAAAAGAAACCCAAGAAAGAGGAUACUGAAGAAGAAGACGAAGAAGAUGAGGAAGAGGAGGAAGAAGAAGAGGAAGAGGGUGAUGAACAAGAUGAAGUAGAUGAUGAUAAGAAACAAGCUAAAGACAAAGUAAAGAAACCGGUUAAGAAAGCUAAAGACGCAGAAGACGAUGGAGAGGAAGAGGAAGGUGACGAGGAAGAGGGCGAAGAGGAGGAGGAGGAGGAAGAAGAAGAGGAGGUAGAGGCGCCUAAACCUAAACCCAAAAAGGAGCCUACGGAACCGCCAGUUCCACUGCCAGCUGGCAAGGGCACUCCGUUGGGGCAUAUCAGCAACGUCGAGGUCUCUCUCUCGCGCUUCAAGACCCAGGACCAAAAGCUGCUGCAUCAAUAUCUAUAUGGACAACUGUGCCUCGACCGUAACGUGAAGCGCAACAUAAAGAAGUUCAAAGGAUACGAGUGGGCAAUAGGUUCCGCAGACUACAAGGCCAAGUUGGAAGAGACAUCUAAGAUGGAGCCAAAACAGUUACGUACCAUGUGCGAGAUGCUGGACUUGGAUAAGAAAGGUUCAUCAUCGGAGCUUGCGGCGCGGUUGGUGGGGUUCUUGCAGCAGCCAGGUGCGAACAGUCCGCAUGCGCGCGGUGUGGCCCGACCUGCGCCCGCGCAGACCGCACCCGGUGGACGACCUCGGCGCUCUGCAGCCGUCAAACUGCAUAACAGAGGUUAUUCAGAUGAGGAAUACGAGACUGAUCCAGAGACGAAAAUCAAAGGCCCUAAACCUAAAACAGACGGUUCUGAAGAUUCAGAUGGUUCGUUUAACCCGAGUGGCUCUGAGGCGGACUCUGACUUCGACCCGGAGGCGGGCGACGUUGGCGGUGGAGCUGGCCGCAAGCGUAAGUCGGGCGGCCGCCGCUCCUCCGCAGGCAGACCUGGCAAACGUGGUCGUAAGCCUAAAGCUAAGAGGGGACGGGGGGCAAAUAAAUCUGGUCGCGGUAGAAAAGCCAAGUCCGAGAGCGAGGAUGAGAGCGACAAGUCGGAGAGCGAGAGCGAAGCCGAGUCUGGCAGCGAGGUCGAUGAGUCUGACCAAGAGCCUAAGGGCAAGCGUGGUCGGCCGGCGGUGGUGAAGGGCCGCAAGGGACCUGCAGCUAAGAUCGGCACCACUAAAUCAACACCCGCCAAGAGAAAAGCACCCACACCGCCAGCUAAAAAGAAGGCAGCCGGUAAACCUGUAGGUCGGCCGGCAAAGAAGGGCAAGAAGGCGUCCUCUGAGGAGGAGUCGGGCGAGGGCAGCGAAGAGGAGGAGGAGGCGGGUAGCGAGGUGGAGGAGGAAGAGGAGGAGAGCGGGGAGGAGUCAGACACGCCCGCAGACAAGAAGGCUAAGCGGCCGCCCACGGACGAGGAGAUAAAGAAGUACGUGAAGCAGAUCCUGGACGGCGCGAAUCUGGAGCAGAUCACGAUGAAGACCGUGUGCAAGCAGGUGUACAGUCACUACCCUGACUUUGACCUCGCGCACAAGAAGGACUUCAUCAAGGCAACAGUCAAGUCGUGUAUUUAAGAUGUUAGGAGUUAAGGGCGGAGUGUAGAUGUCUACAUAGGAUACCUAUAGUUUAUAAAAGGACAUAGUUAUAUAUUAUUACAAUAAUAAUAUAUUAUGAAAGAAUAAAAUAUCUAAAAUGAAGUGGAAUUGAUGAUCACCCGCUUUUCUUUACAAGCUCAUAUCCUCGUGAGCAGCGACCAGUUCGGCCGCAAACAUAGUGAAGUAAGCCACACUUUAAUAUUAAAACUAUCGCCCGCCGCACCGCAACAUACACUUAUUUUAAUCAUUAUUUUGUUUACUUUCAUUCUCUAAAGAUACACAGAAAUGACGAUAAUGUGACUGAGAAUUUAAAAAAAAUAUUUGUGUCCAGGUUUAAAUAAUUAUUUCUUAA